AUGAAUGAUUCCUGGGACUGUCACGUUCAUUGCUUUGAUCCAGCCAAAUUCCCGUUCAAGCAAACUCGCUCAUACACGCCCUAUCCGGCGACUCUCGACACACUGGUUGAGAAUGUCAAAUCCCGAAAUCUGAUCAUCACCCAAGCCACCGUUGAAAAUGGAAUCGCCGGCAUACAAGAUGUGCUAGAAAGAGCACAAGCAUGUCCAGAGCUCUGCAUUGUGCGCGGUACAGUCAUGGCCAGUCAUGUUCAGAAUCUCGACGUUCACGAAACGCAAAGGCUGCAUGAGGUGGGAGUCCGAUGUGUGCGCAUUCACGGAGCUCAUGGAGGAGCUGGAAAUGACCUUGCCUGGAUCACCGAGCAACUCAGACUAGCGGCCAUGUCGAUCGGAGUAAAGCAAUAUGGCUGGUACAUUUCUGCUCAGCUACCCUUACAGACUUGGGCUUCUCUCGGGCCUUGCAUCUCAGAGUUGAAGGAUGUGACGGUCAUUGUGGAUCACAACGCCUCAGUGCAACCUUCUGACUUGGAUCACCCCGCUUUUACAGCGUUCCUCGACCUCCUGCGUGCACAGAAUAUGGUGAUCAAAAUGGGAGCUCUCCACCGCAGGAGUCAGGGAAAUAUUGAAGCGAUGAGACCGAUUGUAGAAGCAUUCAUUGCAACGGCACCGGACCGAGUCAUCUUCGGCAGCGACUGGCCGCAUGUGGAUGCAUCGAAAGGCGGACAAACUCCGACACCGCACCUUCAAGGUGUGGAUACUGCAGAAGAGUUGAGAAGGAUGCGAAGUUGGAUGUCUGAAGAGCAGAAGGAGUCGGUCGUCGCCGAGAUGAUCGAGGACACCGGCAAGCCGGAAAAGAUCAUGGACAUCUAUCGUUCAUACGAGCCCGAAUAUGCCGCACGAGCAGAACGUCGACUUGUAAAGAAGAUUGACAAACACAUUCUGCCUCUGGUUGUCAUCAUCUACCUUUUCAACUACCUCGACCGGAACUCCAUCACUCAAGCUCGUCUCUAUGGGCUUCAAAAGGAUACCCAUGUCAAUGGCGCUGUCUAUCAGACAUCCAUCUCGAUCUUCUCAGCCGGUUACAUCUUCAUGCAGUUACCUUCUACCAUUCUCAUGACCAAGCUAAGGCCAUCAUUGUUUUUGCCAUGUUGUAUCAUCCUAUGGGCAAUCGUCAGUGGAUGCACCGCAGCUGCCAGCUCCCCUGGCUCUCUAUUGGCCAUAAGGUUCUGCCUGGGCCUUGUCGAAGCACCCUUCUUUCCCGGUGCGAUUUACUUCUUGUCGUGCUGGUACACCAAGAAAGAGCUAGGCAUUAGAAUGGCACUCUUGAUCUGCGGCCUUCUUCUGUCAAAUGCGUUCGCUGGACUGAUCUCUGCCGGUAUCCUGAAGGGUAUGGCAGGUGUCGGUCAUCUUCAUGCUUGGAGAUGGUUGUUCAUCCUCGAAGGUCUUGCCACCGUUUGUAUUGGAUGUAUCGCACUCUUCGUCCUGCCAGACUACCCCGCCACUACUCGUUGGCUCACCGAAGAAGAGAAAGUCAUCGCUCAAGGUCGUCUUGCCGCAGAUGCAGGAAGUGAUGAUGUGUUCGAAGAAGAGAAGGUAUCAAUCUGGCGAGGUAUCGCCUGGGCCGCAAAGGACUACCGCGUCUGGCUCUUUGCUGGUUUACAAAUGGCGACCACAGCCUCCAUCUCUUACUCACACUUCUUCCCAACCUUGAUCCAGCAAAUUGGUAUCAAGGAUCGCACUACCGUCCUUCUGCUUACCUCGCCACCAUACCUUGUUGCCUUUUUCUGGGCUCUUGGUCUCGCAUGGAUCGCUGACAAACGUCAAAUUCGAUCUAUCCCUUCUGGUAUUUCUUGCAUCAUCUCCAUGAUUGGCACCAUACUCCUGGUCGCUCUGCCUCAUCUGUACUGGGCCCGAUAUGCAUUCACUUUCCUGGUCUGCAUCGGCACUUUCGGAAUCUACUCAACCACCUACACCUGGCUCUCAUCAACAAUCCCUCGCCCACCAAUCAAGAGAGCUGCUGCUAUUGGUAUUGCCAAUACCUUGGCUAACCUUGCCUCUUUGUAUGCAAACUACUUCUGGCUGGACGAGUACGAGCCAACCUUCCAAGUCUCUUGGGGCAUUCUGCUCGCAUUCCAAGGGCUCGCCCUGGCUUGUAUCUUGACAUUGAGAUUCACAUUGCAACGCAGGAACAAGAAGUUUGAAAAGCUCCAAGCCGAGAUCAAUCUCAAUCAUGAAGCAGAGGUACAGGCUCUGGACGAAGACGCUCAGAGAGCAGUCAAGAAUAACUUCAGAUAUGUUGUUUGA